CCGUUCUCGUCACCAUGGACGAGCAAACCCUCAACCAAUACCGAGCAGACGAUCCGCCCACCGUCGUUCCUCUCGCCAUUCGGCCGCAUUUCGAUGCAUUGGCAAAGCAUGAACAGAAGUAUGCCCACUACAUCAGUAGAGCUGCCUUUUCGGGUACUCGAGUGAAUCUGCGUCAAGUGUCUCCCGAAUCCGAGCCUAUUUAUGACUUGAUUCUCGCUCUCCACAAGCACUGCAAUGGCGACUGGAAGAAGCUACAGACCGAAUCACAGGUCUCGGACGACGAUCUCAAGCAUUUUCUCAAUUUCGCUGCACAGUUCCUGGGUAACACGGGCAAUUACAAGUCUUUCGGCGACUCCAAGUCCAUCCCCCGUCUUCCCGUGGAUAGUUUUGCGGCUCUUGCAGCUACUUCUGAACGUUCAGCGCAACUGUUUGGACAGGUCAAAGAUGCACUCUACGAUAUAUCGUCUGUCGCUCGGCUGCAUCUAGGUUAUCCGGAGCAAGGCCAUGUGUCCACGUAUUAUCCCGACUCUGCGACCAUCACGACACAAGAGAUAGCGACCAUCUCAGAUUUUUUCAAAGAGAAGCAGCUCCUGCCCGAGAACACACGUCUGCGCAAGACUUCUGCUGGUGACUUUGAGCUCUUGAUUGCAUCUGCAGUCAAAGAGCCAGCGCAGCGUGAUAUCGAGGGUACCGAGUGGACUCUGGGGAGCAAUGGCCUCAAAGCUCGCAUUGUCUAUGGCGACCAUGCGGUGGAGAUGGGCAAGAUUGCUGACAAUCUCGCUGAGGCCCAAAAGCAUUCUCUGAAUCCGCAUGAAGAGAAGAUGCAUGCCGAGUACGUCAAAGCUUUCCGUGAUGGGUCUAUGCUCGCACAUCUGGAUUCGCAAAGACACUGGAUCAAGGAUAAGGGCCCCAUCGUCGAGUGCAACAUCGGCUUCAUCGAGACCUACAGAGACCCACACGGCAUCCGUGGUGAAUGGGAAGGCUUCGUCGCUAUGGUCAACAAAGAGCGGACUGCAGCAUUCGGCAAGCUCGUGGACUCUGCCCCCGAGCAAAUUCCCAAGCUCCCGUGGCCUGCGGACUUUGAGAAGGACCACUUCCUCAGCCCCGACUUCACGAGUCUCGAGGUUUUAACGUUUGCUGGGAGUGGGAUCCCAGCAGGAAUAAACAUACCCAAUUACGACUCAAUCCGACAGCAGGAGGGCUUCAAAAACGUCAGUCUGGGAAACGUCCUUUCGGCGGCUGCUCCCAAAGAGCCCACGCCAUUCAUUCGGGCUGAAGAUCAAGACGUGUACGACCGAUACCGAGACCAAGCAUUCGAAGUUCAAGUUGGUCUUCACGAGCUACUCGGACAUGGAUGCGGUAAGCUUCUACAAGAGACCGAGCCGGGCGUCUUCAAUUUCGACGUCAAGAAUCCACCCCAGAAUCCCGUCACCAAGGAACCCGUCACCACAUGGUAUAAGCCCGGUGAGACGUGGGGAACAGUCUUUGGAGGCGCAGGACCCAGCUACGAAGAGUGUCGAGCCGAGUCUGUGGCGAUGAGCUUGUGUCCAGACUAUUCCAUCCUGUCCAUCUUCGGCUUCGGGGAUGGCACAGAGGACAUCAACGGUGCCGCAGGAGAUGUGCUGUAUGUGUGCUACCUGCAAAUGGCUCGAGCGGGCAUUGCAGCGCUUCAAUUCUGGGAACCCUCAACUGCAUCCUGGGGACAAGCCCAUAUGCAAGCACGAUUCGCCAUCCUCCAAGUCUUCCUCGAAGCUGGCCCCGAAUUCUGCAAACUCCAGCACACCUCACCCGACCUCUCCGACGUUACCAUCUGGCUCGACCGCACCCGCAUCUCCACCCACGGCCGCCCGGCCAUCAAUCGCUUUUUGCAAAAACUCAACAUCUACAAAGCGACUGCAGAUGUUCAUCACGGCCUCGCCUUCUACAAGCAAUACACGACUGUCGACGACUUCUUUGCGAAUCGACUUCGGCCGCAGGUGAUUGCGCAGAGUAAGCCGCGCAAGGUUUUUGUGCAGGCGAAUACUUUUUUGGAGGGAGGGGGUGAUGAUGAAAUGGUGGUGUUGAAGGAGUAUGAUGCUACUCCAGAGGGUAUGAUUCAGAGUUUUGUGGAUCGAGAGUAUAUCUAGGGAGGUACCUACCUCAGGUAGUUUUAGAGAUAGGAGGCAGAGGAAGAGAGUGGAUCAAUCCCAUAGCCAUCGAGAGUCUUCAAUCACAGCCCAACUCACCACCACCUUGAAAGCUCUGUGUGCAACCCUAUAGUACCUCAGGUAUGCAUACCUGAGGGACCUAAGGUAUCAUCGUUUUCACUUCUCUUCCCUUCUCUGAUCUAGACAAUCCUCCUCUCACAUAAAGUCAUCCUCAUCAUACCCAUCAGCAUUACUCCGCAUCUGAUCCUCCGUAUGCACAUCAUCAUACAUAUGCUCCUUCUGCCACUUCAGCUGCUUUCUCUCUUCUGCCAAUCGAGCAUCCUCUUUCUUCUGUUCCUGCGCAGCAAUCCUCUCCUUCUUCCUCACCUCCCGCUCCAUCUCCUCCUUCUCGGCCUUCAAAUCCGGAAACUUCUCCACUUUCGUCUUAUUCAACCGAUUCACAAUCACAUUCUCCCUCUUUUCCACAUACACCCUCUUGACCAAUUUCUGAUUAUGAAACCCCACCUGGCCCGUCGCCAUAUUUCCGCUUUUUUUCAAAUUACUCCACGGAGUAUAAAUGAUUGUCACAUUGUCCUUUUUGUUGCCUUCGAUGCUGUUGGCUUUGGUGAGUUGUGCGCAGUCGGUCAGGAGGGCUGAGGGGAUUUGGUCCCAGGUUUCGUUGGGGCGUAGUCGGAGGUAGAUGUGUGCGGAGCUGAGGUUGUCGGCGUGGAACCAGACGUCUUCGGGCCAGCCGUGCGCUAUGAGAUCCUCGUCUUUUCUACUUUGUCUUUGCCCACGUAGAUGAAGGCCGCGGGUUUGACCACGUUGCUGGUGAAGUAGAAGACCAUUGUGAUGAUGGAGCACUACUUGGCUGCUAGCCAAGUCCACAUUCGAGUCUUGUUGGUAGCGAGUAAGUGGAAGGUGAGCGAGGUAGGUAGACAGUAAUCU